AUGAGUCUCGAGGUUUGGGUGGUCACUGGAGACAACGCGCGUACUGCGGACACGACUGCUGACCAGCUCGGUAUCAGCUGUCGCAACAUCAUGGUUGGUGCUGUUCCUUUCCAAGGUCUUUGUUAA